AGUCCCAUUUGCUCUGCGUGAAAAACUGAAAGAUGAACUAGCGCGAAUGGAAAAGUUGGGAGUCAUUAAAAGAAUAGAUGAGCCAACUGAAUGGGUCAGCUCGCUGGUUGUUGUGCAAAAGAAAACAGGUGCCCUAAGAAUAUGCUUGGAUCCAAGAGACCUAAAUAAAGCAAUCAGAAGAGAGCAUUUCAAGUUACCAACCAGGGAAGAGAUCAUGGCACAAUUUGCUGGAGCAAAACGGUUCAGCAAAUUAGAUGCUUCAUCAGGUUUCUGGCAGAUGAAGCUUGGCGAGGAGAGUUCAAGACUGUGCACAUUUAACACCCCGGAGGGCAGGUACAGGUUUCUUCGUCUACCAUACGGCAUCUUGUCAGCGCCUGAAGUAUAUCAUAAGACCAUUCACAUGAUUUUUGAGCACAUACCCGGAGUUGAGACAAUGAUGGAUGAUAUCAUAGUGUGGGGCUCAACCCGAAAAGAACACGACGAAAGACUGAGACAAGUGCUAGACAAGACAAGGGAGGUGAACCUGAAACUUAACAAAGAAAAAUGUGAGUUUGGAGUGAAGUCACUUACCUUUGUGGGAGAUGUUGUGAGUGAAGAGGGCGUGAAGCCAGACCCGAGAAAAACUUCAGCAAUCAACAACAUGGAAAGGCCAACCAACAAAGAUGAGGUCAGACGUUUCCUGGGGAUGGUCACCUAUCUUGCCAAGUUUGUCCCACAACUGUCAACACAGUCAGCACCUCUCAGGAGUCUUCUUGAACAAAAGAAUGAAUGGAUAUGGUCCCACGAGCAAGAACAAUGUUUUCUGAAACUGAAAGAGACUCUUACACAGGAGCCCGUGUUAAAGUUUUAUGACCCCGAGAAGAGCACCAGGAUCUCGGCAGAUGCAUCGCAGUACGGCCUGGGAGCAGUGCUACUGCAGCAACAUGAAGAGCAGUGGCUACCUGUCGCCUAUGCUUCCAGAGCACUGACAAGUGCAGAGACCAGGUAUGCUCAAAUUGAAAAAGAACUGUUAGCAAGUUUGUAUGCAUGUGAGCGUUUCCAUCAAUAUGUAUAUGGACAGAUGUUUCAAGUGGAAACCGAUCAUAAACCGUUGGUGUCUAUCAUGAACAAACCGUUGAAUGAUUGUCCAGUACGAAUACAGCGCAUGCUAAUUCGACUGCAAAAAUAUGACGUGCACAUGAUAUAUACACAAGGAAAAUAUAUGUACACAGCCGACACAUUGUCUAGAGCAGUGGACAAGAGAGAACUUGCAGACAGUGAUAAUAGCACAGAGAUACAGGCAUAUGUAGAUAUGGUAGUGACAUCUUUGCCGGUGACUGCAGACAGAACAGAACAAAUACGGAAAGAGACUAUUGCUGAUGAAACUAUGAAAGAACUCAAGAGCACAGUACAGAAUGGAUGGCCUGACAACAAAAAGGAUUGCCCCUUGAAAAUACAAGACUACUGGAAUUGUAGAGCUGAGCUUACAGUGGUGGAUGACAUAGUGCUAAAAGGGAGCAAAUUUGUUAUUCCGUACUCACUGCGCAAACAGAUGCUCGAAAAGAUACACGAAGGCCACCUCGGUGAAGUCAAGUGUAAAAGGAGGGCUAGAGAAGUAAUGUUCUGGCCAAGGAUCAAUCAGGAUAUUAGCCAAACAACAGCGUCAUGUGGAGUUUGCCGAACUUACAGGCCAAAACAACAAGCGGAGCCACUGAUGACUCAUCCAGUGCCCCACAGACCUUACUACAAAGUAGGAACGGAUCUAUUUGACUUUGAUGGAAGGAGCUACGUGGUAGUCACAGACUACUUUUCAAACUAUCCGGAAAUUGGAGCGUUGCAGUCAACAACGAGCAAAGCAGUUGUCAGUUAUUUAAAGACUGUUUUUGCCAGACAUGGUGUUCCAUGCGAACUGUUUUCCGACAAUGGUCCCCAGUUUUCUAGCUGUGAGUUUGCUGCCUUUGCCAAGGAAUGGGGGUUUCAACACUCCACAUCAAGUCCAACUUAUCCAAAGUCCAACGGCUUGGCAGAAUGCUCUGUAAAAACAGUAAAAAACCUGUUAAAAAAAUCACAGGACAAAGAUGACUUUCAGAAAAGCUUACUGAUCUACCGUAGUGCACCUCUACAAAAUGGACUGUCACCCGCCCAAAUGCUGAUGGGUAGGCGCAUUCGCUCCAACCUACCAGUCAACGAGGAUUUGCUGACACCCAAAGGCGCACACAAAAUCAGACACACUAAGGAAGUACAAAAAGCGAAGCAAAAACAGCUGCAUGAUAGAACGGCAAAACACCUGCCUAUGCUGAGGCCAGGAGACGUCGUGCGUCUCAGAGACAUUUCUACAGGCACCUGGAGACAAAAAGGACAGGUGGAAGAGGAAGUUGCUCCACGUUCGUAUAGGAUCCAGAUGGAAAAUGGACCGACUCUGAGAAGGAACCGCACGGAUCUUCAACUACAGCUGACUGAAGGCAACAUUGCAGCUCAGGAGAAGGCUCAACAGGACUCAGCUGGACCUGCAGAACUUGCUGACACGGAGCCUGACCUUGCUGACCAAGGACUGACAGCAGCGUCCGCGUCACCUGCUGUUGAGAGACUGUCUAACUCUAGACCGAAGAGACAUGUUCAGCCACCAAAGAGGCUGAUUGAGACUUGUUAAGGAUUCUGAGGUCUUGAGAGUUUAAAAAAAAAAAAAAAAAAAGUGUUGACAUAACUGUUUAUGUGUCUUUGUUGAAAGAGAUGUCUAUAAAGAGAAAAUUAUAUGAUUGCAAAUGUGGUUACAAUGCUAAACAAAAAAAAAUAACACUUUGUUGAGUUAAACACUAUUUCUUUAUAGGGGGGAAGAUGUGAUGUUAUGUUCCAGGUAAUAUAAGAACUACACUACCCAGCAUGCAACGGU